ACAGAAAGUAGCCUCUGCUGUCAUUGCCGUGGAGCUGGGCGGAUGCUGGUGAGCGCUGCGGACACAGAAGUGCAACAUUCAAGCAGGGAUCCGGAAAGUGUGAGAGUGUGGAGGAGGAGUGGAGUAAAGAGGAGAGGAGAGGCAGGUCGUCUCCCUCCUUCACCCGGCUGGGCUCAUUUCUGCAGCAUCCUCCCGCUUCACCAUGGAUCUCUGGAGUAAAAAAGUCUGGGGGAUUAUCACGCAGGUCACCCUGAUACUUCUCAGCUCGUACGGGGCAACAAAAGGAGAGGUGUGUCACAGUCCGCUAGUUUCCAAUCUGCUGCCGUCGUCCUUCAGAAGCUCCUCGCAGUUGUCGGGCAGCCAUGGGCCGGGCUUCGCUAAGCUGAACCGCAGAGAAGGAGCUGGAGGUUGGUCUCCUCUGAGCUCAGACAGAUAUCAGUGGUUGGAGGUGGACCUGGGCGGGCGGACACAUAUCACCGCUGUUUCUACGCAGGGUCGCUAUGGCAGCUCCGAUUGGCUGACGGCCUACCUGCUGAUGUUCAGCGACACGGGACACAACUGGAAGCAGUAUCGACAGGAAGACAGCAUAGAGGCUUUUCCAGGUAACAGUAAUGCAGACAGUGUGGUCCAGCACAAGCUCCAGCAUCCGGUGAUCGCCCGCUACGUCCGCCUCCUCCCCCUGGACUGGAAUCCCAAUGGUCGGAUUGGACUCAGACUGGAGACCUAUGGAUGUGCUCACGACUCUGUCGUGGUGAGCCUCGAUGGCCGCAGCAGCCUCCUCUUCAGGUUGAGUCCCAGGCCGAGGCAGAUGACCAGGGAGAGCAUCUCUCUGACCUUUAAAACCCUGAGGAACUCUGGGACACUUCUGCACGCUGAGGGACAGAGCGAGCACAGCCUCGUCCUCGAGUUAGAGAAAGGAAAGCUUCUGCUGCUCCUCCGAAAAGGCCGGAGUUCUUCUCCCGACAGCGAGCAUGUCGUGUCUCUGGGCAACCUGUUAGACGACCAGCACUGGCACCACGUCGCCGUGGAGCAUCACAGCACUCACCUCAACCUCACCGUGGACAAGAGCACACUGUGGGUGCAGAUCCCACCAAGACUCACCCACUGGGACCAUGACCAGUUUUAUAUUGGUCGUGUUUCCACCGUACAGAUGAGUGUGGGAGCAGACCACGGCCUCGGCUCUCGGAGGUCAGUCGGGUUGAACAGAAAUUUCCACGGCUGUUUGGAAAACCUGGUUUACAACGGCGUGAACCUGGUAGACCUCGCUAAGAAGAAAGACCAGCGGGUCACUGUGAAGGGCACUGUGACCUUUUCUUGUGCUGAACCCGUUUUUGUUGCCAUGACGUUCACCAGCCCCCAAAGCUUCCUCCGGUUGCCGCCGUUGACAGAAGCGUCAUCAACAGGCACGUCGGUGGGGCUUCAGUUUCGGACGUGGAACAAGGCGGGGCUGCUGCUGACCUUCGACCUCCCGAAGCAAGAGGGUGCGGUGUGGCUGUACCUGAGCAAAGCCAGGGUCCACCUCCAGAUCCACAAGUCUGGCAGGGCGCCGCUGGACCUCAACGCAGGCUCAGCUCUGAAUGACGGUCAGUGGCACUCUGUGGAGCUGAUCUCCAGACGAGGACAUCUGACGGUCUCCGUGGACGGAGGUGAAGGAGCCACAGCUCACGCCAGUCCUCCGUUCCCCAUUACCACGGGAGGUCAACUUUUCUUCGGUGGUUGCCCCCCUGAAGGGAGCAGCCAGGAGUGUAUGAACCCCUUCAAGGCUUUCCAGGGAUGCAUGCGCCUGCUGACUGUGCACAACCAGCCGGUGGACUUGAUCCCGGUGCAGCAGAGGCUGAUGGGAAACUACAGUCACCUCCAGAUCGACAUGUGUGGCAUCAUCGACAGGUGCUCUCAGAGUCACUGUGAACAUGGAGGCAGCUGCAGUCAAUCAUGGAGCACCUUCCACUGUAACUGCUCCGGCACCGGCUACAACGGAGCCACCUGUCACAGCUCGAUAUACGAACAGUCCUGUGAGGCGUACAAACACAAAGGCAACACGUCGGGCUAUUAUUACAUUGACGUGGAUGGCAGCGGACCCAUCAGACCACAGCUGAUGUACUGCAACAUGACAGAGGACAAGACCUGGAUGGUGAUCCAGCACAACAACACGGAUCUGACGAGAGUCCGACCGUCGCCGGGAAAGGACCAGCACUCGGCUCACUUUGAAUACGCAUCUGAGGAGGAGCAGCUGGCGGCCGUCGUUGGCCAAUCAGAGCACUGCGAGCAGGAGCUGACCUACCUCUGCAGGAAGUCCCGCCUCCUCAACACACCGGACGGCCCUCUGCUCAGCUGGUGGGUGGGAGGUCCAGGUGCAGGAAAGGUGCAGACUUAUUGGGGCGGAGCUCCGCCCGGCAGCCAGCAGUGUUCCUGUGGCCUGCAGGAGAACUGUGUGAACCCCAAACACUACUGCAACUGUGACGCUGACCGCACCGAAUGGGCCAAUGACUCAGGCCUGCUGACCCAUAAGGAGGCCCUCCCUGUCAGAUCUCUGGUGCUGGGUGACGUCCAGAGGCCCGGCUCAGAGAGCGCCUACAGGGUCGGGCCUCUCCUUUGUCAUGGAGACAGUAAGUCAGAAAACAUCUGGAACGCUGCAUUUUUUGACAAGGAGACGUCGUACCUCCACUUUCCCACAUUCCACGGAGAGCUGAGUGCCGACAUCUCCUUCCUGUUUAAAACCACUUCAUCCUCCGGCGUCUUCCUGGAAAACCUGGGCAUCAAAGACUUCAUUCGGAUCGAACUGGGCUCUUCCACCGAGGUCCUCUUCUCCUUCGACGUGGGUAACGGUCCGCUGGAGGUGCGCGUGACGGCCGGCUCGCCGCUGAAUGAUGACAGGUGGCACCGCCUUCGAGCCGAGCGCAACGUUAAAGAGGCCUCGCUCCGUCUCGACGAGCUCCCCGCUGCCACGCAGGAGGCUCCUGCUGAUGGGCACAUCCACCUGCAGCUCAACAGCCAGUUAUUUAUAGGCGGCACGGCCUCCAGGCAGAAGGGCUUUCGGGGUUGCAUUCGCUCUCUGCAGCUGAAUGGCGUCACCCUGGACCUGGAGGAGAGAGCCAGGAUCACGCCCGGGGUUCAGGCGGGAUGUCCGGGCCACUGCAGCAGCUAUGGCUCACUCUGCCGGAACCAGGGUCGCUGCUUGGAGAGGCCCAACAGCUUUUCCUGCGACUGUGGCUCGUCUGCUUACACCGGAGCCUUCUGUGACAGAGAGGUUUCAGCCAGCUUCAAGUUGGGAACAUCCGUCAGCUUCACUUUCAAUGAGCCGGCGUUGAACGAGCUGAACAGGAGCCGCAGCAGCUCCCUGUCCUCCUCCAUCCAGUCCGACAUGAACCUGAGAGCAGAGAACGUCUCCCUGAGCUUCAGGACCAGCCAGAGUCCCGCUCUGCUCCUCUAUGUGGGCUCCUACCACACAGAGUACCUGGCUCUGCUGCUCAACAAGCAUGACAUGCUGGAGGUGAGAUACAGACUGGAUAGCAGCAAAGAUGCUGAGAUCCUGAGGAGCACAGUGAGAAACCUCGCCAACGGACAGCUUCAUGCUGUCAUCAUCAGCAGACUGGCAGACGCCGUCUCUGUGCAGAUUGACCAGAACGCCAAAGAGGACUUCAACCUGACAUCUGAUGUAGAGUUCAAUGCCAUCCGGUCGCUGGUUCUCGGCACGGUGCACGACUCUAGUGAGUUGGAUCCGGAGCUGUCUCGGCUCGCCUCCCUGGGUUUCACAGGCUGUCUGUCUGGCGUCCUCUUUAACUCCGUCAGCCCUCUGAAAGCGGCUCUGCUCCACCCGGACACCAGCCCCGUCUUCGUUACCGGCCCACUGGUCCAGUCCAUUUGUGGCUCCACUUCAGCCAAUCCCUACGCAGCAGAAACCACACACCACCUAUCAGGCCAGUCUGGAUCAGUGGGAAGAGGUCAGCCUGUGGUGAAUGCCAUCAGGAGUGACUCAGCUCUAAUUGGAGGUGUGAUAGCGGUGGUGAUCUUCGUGACCGUGUCAGCGUUGGCCGUGAUGGCCCGAGUCCUCUACAGGAGGAAAGGGACGUGUCAGCGCCGGGAAGCCAAAGCGGCGAAGCCCGACGACAACCCGGAGCUGGCGUUCAGCAGCCAGACCGGCUCAAACAACGGUCCCAGUGAGAACCAGAGGGAAUAUUUUAUUUAGGUGGAGGUUGGACCUGCUGCUGACCGGACAGAGACAGAGACGACUUCUCAAGCCUCAGUGCUUUACGAUACACACUCUGUACACAGUGAGCCCGAGCAGAGACUCCAGCAGAACUGUACACUCGUGUUCUGUCUUCUUUUCUCUUGUUCUUGCUUCUGUGGUUUGUAAAGACUGUAUAAAGAUGCACCAGAACAAAGUGUUGAAUUUGUAAUAUGUCAGUCCUGCCACAGAGUCGAUCAAUUGUAAAUACUUAAUGACUUUAUAUCAAUCAGUCCUUUUCUGUGUCUUGUUGAAACGAUGAAAUGAGGAACUGUAUUUUUCAUGGAGUUGCUGGUAUGAAAGUUUAAACAGCUUUGUUGGGUCUGACAUGAUCUGAAUACAUUUUUCCGACAUGGACAAUGAAUGUUUAAUGUUUUGAGUGAGUCAGUUAUUUGAAUGUCCAGUUGUUUGUUGUUGUUUUGUAUUCAUUAUUUUUUUGCACCUGCUGUGUUCACAUUGAACAUUUCUCAUUUUCUCUAAAGUUCUGUGAUUUUCUUUCAUUACGUCGCAGCAUGAAGCAAAGCUGGACUAUUUAUUUUCCUUUGCUUGAUUUUUCUUCUUUCGGUCACUUUCCCGCCUCCGGCUCUCAGUGUAGUUCUGAACAGUGAACGUGUUGAGACGGACCCGGUUACUGUGGACUUUCUGUUCAUUCCAACUCAAAACAUGUCCUGUUUCUUUUAAACUCGCAUCCCAUUUUCUAUAAUAUACAGUAUGUGUGUGAUAUCCACGAGUUACUUUUCGUAGCUUCUGCUGAGAACGUUGGCUGAGACCAGCCUGCAUCGAGACGUUGCGGUUUUUCACAUGUACAGUAUUUGUCCCUGUCUUGCCAUUCUGUUAAAUCUCAGAGAAGCCAGAAAUCAAUAUGGUCGAUGUCUCACAUUCUUAUUUAUCAAUCCAGACCAAAACAUCUCGAUCGAUAAACAGCACUAAAGAGGAAUAAUGUCUAUUUUAGAUUUUGGGGUGAACUGACCCUUUGAUAUAUGAUCAGAGUAGCUGCUUCUCUGUCACAUAAUGUAAUCCCUCCAACAGCCAACCUGACGUCUAAACAUGAUAAAUAUUUUACUCCUAAUACCACGGCAUGCUCGAAAAAUGAGGCUCAGCUUUCUACCAAACUGAACAUAAAACCCGGUGAGAUGAGCUGCAGCCUGUUGGUACUGCAUGCUGUGGCAAAGCCCCAUCAUCUGUAAACUAUAACACACACAGACGUGAGACAUCGGAGUGUUGGUUUGAGGAAUCAGUUUGUGGUUUUUGGUUCAUCACAGAUAUUUUAGUGAGAAACAAUUCCAUUUAGUGAAAAUAAACAGUUUGAUCUCUUCUUUCCCUUCGGCUUGAUUACAGUCCUGCAGCAGCAUUACUGACGCCAGUAAGAUCUAUUCUAAAAGCAGAGUCUUUGUAGAGCCCAAUCAAUGAACAGGAGAUUCUGAGGUCGAUCAAUGGAAAACCUUUAAACACCUGAAUAGAGCAGCAUCGUUUGAGGUUUAGACACCUGAACGUCUGAAUCAAUUAUCUCUCUGUUACCACACAUUUACAUCCCUGCAUGUUUGGCCCUUUUAAGGCAGAUUUGAGAUGGGUGUUUCCUACACAAUGGGACAUUUCUGAUGGAUAGUCAUAUUCAUCUGUCUGCAGAGAAGAGAUAGCUGUGAGCGGCCGCUUUGUGAAGCAUCCAGGUGCAGAAGAUGUAAUGCUAAUUCUUGUCACUGGCCCACCCAGCCUCUCUCCGGGCUGCAGCGAUAACACUCGGACGCAGAGCUUUGACAUGUGAUGGGUCCGCCCACAGCCUGCUGUCCGCCCUCUACCCACACACACACACACACACACACACACAGGGCUCUGGUGAUCCAGAUGACUGCGUGGUUGUCAGGCGGUGUUAUUUACUGACAGACCUUUAAUAAUAACGCUUCAUUAGGGAGAACAAAGAGAGGAUGUGUUGUAAUGACACGAGCCGCAGCAAGUGAAGAGUAUUAUGUUCUUUCAGCCAAACCAGAAUUAUGUGACAAUGUGCUGCCAUAAAUCUGAUUAUUAUGAAUGCAAUAGCAAAGAAAUGAGAAACUGUAGUCAAUGGAAGGGACACAAAACAGGCACCACCACAGACAGAUUCAGUCUAAGUUUUAUGUUUAAUUCUGCAGAAAAUUCAAGCGGCUAAUGUCCAUUUUUGUUGGUACGUCCAGACUGAGUUGGGUUUGGGGCUAAAAUGUGAUUUAUUACUAUUUUACUUGUACUUACUUACAACCCACACAUACAACCCACUGUCUCACUUUAUCACACGUGCACCAUUCUGCAUCCCCUCCAUACAGACAAAUGUGUUUAAUGGUUAU